GAGUUCGCAGUCGGACAGGAGGUCGCCGGGACAUCAGCACACCGGCCGGGUCAAGGCACUGCAAGGAUGGAGAUCCGACCAGACCGGUUUAAGGCGGUGGCAGCAAAAACUCUGGGGAAAAUUAACAGGUUGAUUGAGAAGAAGCAGGCUAAUGGAGAGACCAUUGAGUUAUCAGCAGAGGGUCGUCCUGAGCUGGUGGUAGAGAAGGAGCUGCCAGUGGUGGACUGCACCUGUUUUGGCUUGCCCAGACGGUACAUCAUCGCCAUCCUGUCUGGCAUUGGAUUCUGCAUAUCCUUUGGCAUCAGAUGCAACCUGGGCGUGGCCAUUGUAAGCAUGGUCAACGACCACACUGUCUACAAAGGCAAUAAGGAGAUCCUUGUGGCUGCACAGUUCACUUGGGACCCAGAGACAGUUGGGAUGAUCCACGGCUCCUUCUUCUGGGGCUACAUUGUCACACAGAUCCCAGGUGGCUUUAUAUGUCAAAAAUUUGCAGCCAACAGAGUGUUUGGUUUUGCCAUCGUGGCCACUUCCACCCUCAACAUGCUGAUUCCAGCUGCCGCACGCUGCCACUACAGCUGUGUCAUACUGGUCAGGAUAUGUCAGGGCCUUGUUGAGGGAGUGUCAUACCCAGCAUGCCACGGUAUCUGGGCCAAGUGGGCUCCUCCUUUAGAGAGAAGUCGACUGGCCACAACAGCAUUCUGUGGAUCCUAUGCCGGGGCGGUGGUGGCCAUGCCUCUAGCAGGGUUGUUGGUGCAGUACACUGGGUGGCCUUCAGUUUUCUACGUCUAUGGCAGCUUUGGGAUAUUCUGGUAUUUGUUCUGGAUUCUGGUGUCAUAUGAGAGCCCUGCAGCUCAUCCUACCAUCUCACCGGAGGAGAGAAAAUACAUCGAGGAUGCAAUCGGAGAGUCGGCAGCAUUUCUCAAUCCUCUCCAUAAAUUUAAAACCCCAUGGAAACACUUCUUCACCUCCAUGCCAGUCUAUGCCAUCAUUGUAGCAAAUUUCUGCAGGAGCUGGACCUUCUACCUGCUGCUCAUCAGCCAGCCAGCCUACUUUGAAGAAGUUUUUGGCUUUGAGAUCAGUAAAGUAGGAUUGGUGUCAGCUUUGCCCCACCUGGUGAUGACGAUCAUUGUGCCCCUUGGGGGCCAGUUGGCGGACUACCUGAGAAGCCACAACCUGAUGUCCACCACCAACGUCCGGAAACUCAUGAACUGUGGAGGAUUUGGAAUGGAAGCCACUCUCCUGCUCGUGGUGGGAUACUCUCACACCAAAGGCAUCGCUAUUUCAUUCUUGGUCCUUGCAGUGGGCUUCAGUGGAUUUGCUAUAUCAGGGUUUAAUGUCAAUCACUUGGAUAUUGCCCCUCGAUAUGCCAGCAUCCUCAUGGGCAUCUCAAAUGGAGUCGGGACGUUAUCGGGAAUGGUGUGUCCUCUCAUAGUCGGAUCAAUGACCAAACACAAGACACGGCAGGAGUGGCAAGGUGUAUUUCUCAUAGCAUCACUGGUUCAUUAUGGAGGAGUGAUUUUCUAUGGAAUAUUUGCAUCAGGGGAGAAGCAGACGUGGGCUGACAUCGAGAACACCAGCGAGGAGAAAUGUGGUAUCAUCAAUGAGGAUGAGCUGGCCAAUGAGACAGAAGAGCUGUACCGUGGAGGCGGACAGUAUGGGGCUAUGAGCACAUCAGUAUUUGGCACCAAUGGGGGCGGGGCUGGAGGAGGACCUGGGGUCGGGUGGGUGGCGGACUGGGAUAAGUCUGAGGAGUACGUGCAACCGCCUGGAUAUAAUUCUUACAUGUACGGAGAAGAGGAGAAGAAACUCACAUAGAAAACAGCUGUGGUGCAAAAUUUAAAAUAGUCAGGAAAAGCUGAUUAUUUUGAGAGGUGCAAGGAAGAGCCACUGCAAUACAGGAUUGAACUGUGCUUUUGUACAAUAUUUUAAAAAAAAUGCACAUCUCAGUAAUGUCCAUCUGAUUGGUUUCAGUGUGUAUGUGUGUGUGCAUGCAGCUGUGAGAAUAGGAAAUCUACAUCAUCUCAUAUUCAUUUGUAAAAACAAUACAGAAUUACUUUGUGCUCCUGAACUCAUCAGUCAGGGGUGUUUUGAGUCCAU